AUGACCGAUGAAGAUCAAGAACCGACUCCGCGAACGGACGAGUCGCGGCUCGUUCGGCGCGAUGCAUCGCCUAGUGAUACUCAAUCAUCAAGGCCACGGAAGCAACGUCGACUAGCCACCGAGGAGAGACAACGUGCCGUGCGAGCUUGUGAUGGCUGUCGGAAAGUCAAGGAGAAGUGCGAAGGUGGUGUGCCAUGCCGCCGUUGUAGCCACUUUGGGAGACCUUGCGAGUUUAAAGACAUGCCCUCCAAAAUACCCAGCCUGAUAUCGCAACAGGGGAGUAUCGAAGCAUCUGAGGUUUCAGUAGACGAGGUCCUCGAACGCUCCAAAUAUAUGGAACGCAUCUUGAAGCACAGGCUUCCACACUUGGAGUUUAGCACCCGAAAUCUUCGAGAUGAGGCUCAAGCUCUGGACCCGACGAGUGUCGUUCGGCACAGCGACGCAGACCAGGCAGUAAAUCAGGAUGAUGGCGAUGUUGAGAUCGAGGACGAGAGAGCCACACUGGAUCCGAUUACAGAAAAUGUUGCUCAUUAUUCCGGCGAGUUCUCCUACUGGAACUUCUCUAUGAGGAUAAAAAAGCAUGUAAAUGCUCUGAUGCUGACCUCCGACGAUCAGACUUCCGCGACCUCACCCUACUACUCACGGGAAGCGCUCCUUUCAGAAGCUCGAAAUCUCCUCGAGACGCUUUCCUGCUGCCCACCUCGCCAAAUAGCAGAGUUUCUUGUUCAUGUUUUCUUCAAGCAUGCCGCUAUUAACUUUUUCUACGUUGAUAGAUCCUGGGUUAGCGACAAAAUCAUUCAGGUGUAUGACCGACCUUCCACUUUGACUUCGAAGGAUGCUGCUACUGCGAGCAUUAUCCUAAUGAUCUUUGCUGUUGGCAGCCAAUAUGCACAUCUAGAAUCUCUCGAUCGACAAGGUAGUGCCAAGGACUCGCACGACCAUGAGGCUGGGAAUGUGUUCUACCAACAUGCAGCAAAAUUACUCCCUGAUAUUCUACAUCUAGGGUCCUUGGAAAGCGUGCAGGCUUGCCUGCUUUUCGGACUCUACGCGCUUCCACUCGAUGCUUCCGGACUUGCUUAUGUAUAUUUGAACAUGGCAAUAAAGUUGGCGAUGCAAAACGGUAUGCAUCGGAAUAUCCCAGGCAAUACCUUCAGUGCUACAAUCAUGGAAACGAGAAAUCGUGUCUGGUGGACUGCGUACUGCACUGAGAAGAAAAUCGGGAUUUUUCACGGCCGUCCAUUAUCGGUACUCCCCUCGGAUAUCGACGCGGCUCUUCCUCGAGAUGAUCGAGCAGACAUGUCUCGAAUUCCGCAUACGCUAGUGUCAAUUCGACUUGUGGAUCGUCUUGGUGCAUUGUCAAACGAGAUCAUGCUGCUUCGUACCUGUCAGAAGCACGAAGUUUCGGGGAUCCUCAAUCGCUUGGUCGCAAUGAAGGACGAUCUGAGGUCUUGGUGGGAGGCGUUACCGACAGGGCCAGCUGGGCAAAAAGUCUCACCUCAAUCGCCGCACUUUCGUCCCAAUACUCAUCUUCAGCUGGAAUAUUGUCUGCUGCGCAUGUUUGCUGGAAGGCCAUUCCUUCUGACACUCAUGACAGCAGACGCGAGCCCGCCCUCAAUGGCAGAGACCAAUGGUACUCCGCUUGCCACCAAGAGUUCGACAGAUAAAGCCCCUCCGAGCGUGAGGGCAAACGCGAAGGGUAGCUCCCGUACAGCUAUACUCGUUGAUGACUGUGCUCAGGCCGCAAAAGAAGCGAUAGACAUUUGCGUAUAUCUUCGGUCAACUGGAGCGGGACUUGCGCGAGCAUCCUACGUGGAAUACAGCUCCUGUAGAGCUUCAUUACUGGUUUUGAUUGCCUACUGCAUACAGAACCAAACAGACGAAUUUUACGACACUCUUGGAAAAGGACUAGACAUCAUCCGCGAGAUGUCGACGGUUGGUGAAUCCGCCAAGAGUGAAGUAUUCUUGAUCGAAUCUUUGGAGCAGGCAUUGAAACGACUACACUUCUUUCGGGAGAAGGCAAACCCCAACAAGCAUCGGGAGCCAUUGAAUCCUAUUUCUGGAUACGAGAACUUCAGACAAUGGACAAGAGCUUCAACCUCGAAGGAUAAUCCAGAUUUCUCCACAAACGAUCCAGCUGUGCAGAAUCACCAUCGUCAGGGUCGUGGGAGUAAUUCGCCGUUCGCCGAUGCAAUGCUGCCAAAUUCACGCUUGGCCCACAUCAGCAAUGAUCUCUGGGACGCAAGCCACCCUUUCAGUAGUAACAAUGAUGCUGAAUUCAAUGGGCUGAACACUUUGCAAUCAGCCGCAGGGUCCGCAUUCUUCGCGAUGGAAAACUUUGCUCCCACGUCCGAUGGCUUCGUUCACCCAGAGAGCCAGUUGCUGGAGAACUUUUUAGCAAUUCCUGACUAUGAGUUUCCUUUCCAGACCGAAUAAACAGCGUCCCUCAAACACCGACAUUUGCGUUAAUCAACCUGCAUCCGACCCAAAGACAUUUUCAAGCUUCGAAAAAAAUUCUAUGCUCAAAUCAGCAAUGUGCCAUGAGACCGAAAAGCAUGGAAGCCUCGAUGGAACUUUCAAGUUGAUAUUUGCAUCUCGAUACCACUAAUUCAGAAACCUACGUGCUGUGGUUAUCCCCUUGGGAUUAAAUGCGAGUUAAUGAACCUCUCCCGGACGCAUGAAUUCGACACAUCAUGACGAGCUCUUCGGCUCCUGCCAGUCCUUCUGUUGGUCGCCAUAGAGAACCUACUUGAGUGCCCGCUCAAGCGUCUGUACUAAUCGAGGUAUCUGGUCCUCCUCGAAGAUGAGCAUAGGCCUCAGGCGGACUGUCCUGACUCCACAAGUACCGAUAUUGACUCCAAGGCUUCUCAUUGCCCCAACUAGUGUGGCGGCGUUCCUUGUAUCGAACGCUAUAUAAGUUCCUUGGCCCUUACCACGCAAAUUCUGGAUAUCGUCUGGAAAUCUCUUUGCAAGUUCUGCGAGCUCGGUGUAAAGUUUUUCGCCGACCUUGGCAGUUUGCUCGACAAGAUUUCUGUCGAUUAUCUCGCUUAUGACCGCAUUGCACAUCAAGACACGUGCAGGAUCGCCAAUCCAGGUGUUGAACUGUCUGUACGCUUUAUCUGGAGUUAGGCUAUCGUCACCAAAGAAGUAGCCGGCGGUUUGAGCCUUUUUCGAAAAUGUCACCAUGUCUGGGGGGCUACUGAGUUGCCAGUGCUCAUGAGCCCAAAAUCGGCCUGUGGCUCCGAAACCUAAAGUAAAAUCGUCAGCUUCUUUCUAUUCGGGUUACGACAUGGAUUCACCUACCAGUUUGCACCUCAUCAGCGAUGAGCAUAAUGUCAUGUCUCUUGGUGAUAUCACGAAGUCCCUGGAAGAAAGCCGGGGAGGCAUGGUUGUCACCACCUUCGCUCUGGAUUGGCUCUACUAUGACUGCUGCGACCGGGCAGUGCCUGUUAUGAUGUCAACAAUGUCUAGGAGAGUCUAUCAGACAUACAUACCAGGAGGCAAUAAGCUCUUCGACUUUUUUGAGACAGGCUUCCUCUUCGGCCUUGUUUGCCUCAACAUUUUCCUCGAGAGGAUACUUCAGCGCCGGGAACGGUGCUUGAGGCCAAUUGAAGGCAGGAAUAUCUAGUUUAUGAACGGCUUUUGAUCGAGUGGUGGACAGACUGCCAAAGCCUCUGCCAUGGAAAGAGUUUUUGAAGCUAAGAAUGGCCAGAUCAGGCGAUCCAGGUGCGGAGUUGUUCAUGCAAGACUCGAUUUCUUGUUGGGACCAUUCGACGCCUUCUCCUCGCUGUCGGCGCAUGUAUCGCAUGAACGCAGCUUUGUACGCAAGUUCAUUUGCCUCGGAUCCGGAUUGAGCCGUGAAGACCUUAUUAUGGCCUUUUGGUGCAACACGAAGGAGGCCGUCCUUGAGCUGUGCAAGCCAACCUUGAGCGGGGAAGUUUCCGACAGCCGGGCGAUUGACGAGCGCAUUUACCAUCUCGGGGGACUUUGCGGUUUCGAUCAAUCUCGCAUUGUUGUAGCCAACGGGGAUGGACGCGAUCUGAGAGUACACAUCGAGGAACUCAUUGCCGUCGACGUCCACCAGGAAACUGUCGUGGCUUUUCGCAUAGUCAACCACAAAAUAUACUGCCCGAGAAUCCCACACUGGAUUCAGCUUCUCGACAGUCGUUUUGGACACGGGUCCAGGCACUUGUCUGUGCUGGAACGUGGAUUCUUCGAGUAUGCGGCCUGGCAUUGUGAGAGUUGAACGAAUGCAAGGGCACCCGUCGUGAUUUAAUGUGUUGUUGAAUAGUGCAAAUCUUCGGGGCCCCGGUGCCCAGAGCGUCGAUAUAUAUACUUCCGUUGUGCCGCCUAUACCUUCCUCGUCUGGAUCUCGUGGUCAGACUUACAGUUAUGUAAUUCUCAGGUAAAGCAACGAGGUGCUCCCUGAGCCGGCCGCCUCUCCCAUAAAAUGCCGGUUUCACGGGAGCAAGAGAACGAGUUGUAAUUUGCUACAAUGAGGCCCAGAGGCUCCACUCACCGGGCCGGUGCACAGCCGGGUGAAAACUUCUGCGUUGAAGGCUCCUGUAUUCCCUCAAAACAUGUGCGAAGAUGUCAGGGGAUUGUGGCAAGAAAGGGAUAGAUUCUCAUGUACGACGAUGUCUAGGCUCCUCAAAACAUUCACAU